AUUAAAGGAUAAAGAUUUCCUUUAUCGAUAUUUUGUAAUUUAAAGCUGCUGCAAUCACGCAGACUGUAUCAUUACUUUUGUCCCAAUCUAUAAUGUUAUUUCUAUUUUCUAAUUUUGUAUACAUUGGUCAAUGUUAAUUAACAAAAUAACUAACAAGUAACGAUUUAGUUUGGUAGUUCAGCACUUGUUAAUUUUUUUUUCAUGCAUUACGGUAAAUUGACAGUUACGUAAUUAGUAAUUACAAAUCGAGAUUUUUUUUAUAAACUGUUAAUGUGUCAUUUAAUAAUAAUAAUAAUAACUACAAAACUACAAUUUUAAUAAUAAUCGUUAUUUUCGGGUUUACUCUACCGUCAAUUGUGAUCCUGGCAAACGUUCAAUUGUAGGUACAAAACAAAUUUUGCCAUGGCACCCAAAACAGUAUUGGUUCAAAAUCGAAACAAGUCUAAUAAUAGCAUCUUUUUCAAAAAACUUAAUCGUUGUAUGAUAAUCAAUAAUAAUUUACGUAAACGUAUUGAAGAUUUAUCAGAAAAAAAUAAAGAAUUAUCAUUCACUAGGAACAGUUUGUUAUUACAGAAAUUGGAAUUGCAAAAUGAAAAUAACGCUAUUCGAAAUUCAAAUAUUCAACUAACUGCAAUGCAAAAUAUUAUGCGUAGAAAACUUGGUAUACUAGAACAAACUAUACAGAGCUGUAUACCUUCAUUGGUAACUAUGUCACAAUGUAUCCCAUCUAUGUUAGAAAAUGUACAUGAAAUGAGUAAAUUUGAGGUCAAAAACUUAAAUAAUGAAAAGAAAGAAAAACAAACAAAAACUGUAAGACCUAUGAUCCAUGGUAUGACUUUUACUCAACCAACUGUUAUAAAACAAUUUGAUAUGUCACCUAUCAUUGAAAGUCCUAAUUCUAGUUCUGAACUAACUCCAAUCAGGCCAAGAAGAUCUAGUUGUAUAAGCUCACCACACAAUAAACUUAAUACAGAACCAUAUGUGAGAUUAAAGGAUGUCGCAGCUAUGUUGAAAAAUUCCAAAGCUGUUCCAAAUGAAAGUCCUAAACGUCGACUAAAUGAAAAUUUUAGUGAAGACUCAAGUUGGUUGAAUACUCAAGAAAAUCAAAUCCAAUAUUCUAAUGACAAUUCUAAUGCAACAUUCUAUAAUUCUCCUGGAUCAAAAACACCCAAUGAAGCUCAGAUUGAUAUGCCUAUGACUGCUUCUACUUCAAUUAAUAGUAUGGAUAAUACAUUUAAUAAUACUGAAGUACAACAAAGUGAUUUAUCAUCUCAUAUCGAUUCAAGUAUGCUGAGAAACAUAACAUGUCGAAAACGUACUAAACGAUCAAGUGAAUCAAGCAUAGCAUCAGAUAUUAAUGAUUCAAUCUCUUCGUCAAGACCUAGUAGAUCUGCAACAAAAAAGAUAAACUACAAAGAGAAAAGCCUUGGCUGUAAACUCAGAAGAUAAUUGUUUAAUAAUUUUUUAUUAUUAUAAAAUCAGUUAAGAAAUUUUAUUUUAUUUUCAACAGUGUAUCAUUUUUAUCAUUUUUCUUUAUAAGUAAACUGUUUUUUUUUUUUUAUCAUAUUGUGGUGGGCGUUUUAACUCUAAAAGUCUAAACCAUUAUAAGUUAUUAUUAUGUACAUUUUAUUUGAUUACGAAGUUAGUAAGUAUAAUAAAAUUGAUUUAAUCAUUAUUUUAUGAGUAGGUACUAAUAGUUGUACUAAGUUAAGAUUUCAGUUUGUAAAUCAAAAAGUAAAAAAUAUAUAUGAAUAUAUGCAACAGUGAUGACGAUUCUCAAAAUAAUGUGUUUCUAUGAAUAUUUUUGAGGACAUUUCCAGUCACCUACAUAAUAUAGAAGAUGACUAAAUGUAGUUGACAAUAUAAAAAAAAUUAAUUCCGGUGUUAUCCUCUAUAGGUACCACCAAAUUCGCCAAAACAUCAUCAACACUCAAUCAAAGGGUAUUAGGAUAAUAUACUCCUAUAUUUCCAGACCAAUUCAAUCUUAUAAUAUGUUCUUUAAAGUUUUUUUACUUAAAGUGUUAUCCAAAUUAAAUAUAUUUUUUGAUGAGCCAUUGUAAUUGAAAUUUUUAUAACAUUGGAUACAUCAAACAUAUGCACAUUGCACAUAGCAAUUUCAAGUUGCGUUGUGUGAUUUAUUGUACCUAUAAUGAAUCACUGUAAUGUGCAUAGUAUGCAUUUUUUUAAGUAUAUGUAUCAUAAUAUAAUGAGUCAUUGUAUAAUAAUAAUUAAUUAAAUUUAUCGUCCCACAUCAAACUAAGACCACCUGCCCACCAAAGUGUUACUGAAACAACUCAUAUAUCAUAGGAUAGUCCGAUGGUCGUCACUAAUAUGUAACAAGGAAUAAAGAUUAUAGUUGGAAUUUAAAAUGAAAUGUAACAUACAGCAAAAUUGUUAAUUUAAAUGGUAAUAUAUUAACUCAUUUAUUUAAUAUUUUUUUUUUGUGCUGUUAAUUGCAGAUAAGUAAUUAAAAUAAAAAAAUAAUUAUUAUUAGGGUCCGGAUUUAUAUUCUCUAAAUAUUUCUUAAUUAUGAUGCUCAUAUUCUCUUUAGAAACUGCAAAUAUUUUGUUAAUAUUCUCUUAAAAAUAUCCAAAAUUAUCUAAAAAAAAUGUAAAUUUUUACAUUAUUUAUUGAAUAUCUAAUUAUACUCAAAUGAGGUGUACACUUUUGUAAUGAAAUUAUUGCACUAUAGAAAUUUAAUAUAUAAAUAAUAUAAUUAAAAUACUUAUUAUAUUAUAACAAAAAAAAUUUUGAAUGAUUAAUAAAUAAAUAUAGAUAUUGUACUUAUCAGUAUGGUCAGUAUGGAUGAAUAACAGCUAAGCCAGUAAACCACCAUUAUAAUGGACAGCAUGGCUACAUAAAAGUAUUAUCGUUGCGUGUUUUUCUUUCAAAAUAAUGUAAAAAAAAAAUUAUAGUUAUUAUUAAAUGUCGUAAAUGAUCCAAACAAUUUUUUCUAGUUACUUUUUUAUUGAAAUUUUAAGAAAUCGGCAUUUUUUUCUUAAAAUAGACCAAACAUACAAAAGAAAACUUUUUUCUGUUAACUCGGUGUUCAAUAAAUCAUCCACAAUUUUCACUCAUUCUCGUAAGACUUGCGACUACAUAUACUUGGUAACAAUAUGUAAGAACAUAUAAGUCCGUACCCUAGUUAUUAUGUUGUAAAAAUUACAUAUUUAAACAUUGUAAUGAAUUAAAAUAUUUUAUCCAAUUAUACCAUUGAUUAAAUAAUCUGA